AGAGACCAGCUACAGAAUAGUCUAAAUACCAGGACCACAGAGAGAGACCAGCUACAGAAUAGUCUAAAUACCAGGACCACUGAAGUAGACAAGUUGAAAAAGAGUCUGAACACUACAACUAUUGAGCGUGACCAGCUACAGAAGGAGAUAGAAAGACUGAACUGGAAGAUCAAAGGGUCCUGUCCUGAAGGAUGGAGAAGGUUUGGCUGUAGCUGUUACUACCUCUCUACUGAGAAGAAAUCCUGGGAGGAGAGUAGACAGGACUGUCUGGAGAGAGGAGCAGACCUGGUGAUCAUUAACAGUGAAGAGGAACAGACAUUUAUCAAUGUGUUUGAGUCAGUGAGUUGUGUCUGGAUUGGUCUGACUGACUCUGUUACUGAGGGAACCUGGAAAUGGGUGGACGGCACCCCACUGACCACCCCAAGGUAUUGGGAUGAUAAAUGCCAUGGUGGUACAUACCAGAACUGUGGGAUCAUUUACAUGUCAUCAGGCCAAGACACAUUGUGGGAUUUUGAUUGUUCCUUUCAAAAACAUGGAUCUGUGAGAAAUAGUCUUCUCAUAGUUACUUUCUCUGCACUGCUGAAUUAA